UUUUGAGAAAACACGAAAUGCCACCAUUUAAACGUGAUACUCAUAGUUUCUAUAAAUGAUGUAAUUAUUUCAUUUCUUUAUACUUAAACAGUUCAAAUGUCAAGUCCUAAGCUUCGUAUGAUUACAGUAUUUGUCAUCAAUAUAAAGUUAAACUUAUUAUGCUGAUGUCAUCAUGUGCAAUGAUUGGCAUCAUUGCGUUUUCUAACUAAUUUGCAUGGUUAUAUAUUUUAUUUAAGCGUGUGGAAUAUUUUACAGAUUGUAGGGAAUUGUAAUUGCAAACUUUUCAUUUUAAUCUUGAGGCAAAGCAUGAAUUUUCCUUGUGUAUUCAUUCAUGUAUAUUUGUGAUUUAUUUACACAGACAUUCGCCAACUCUGUUUUCAAAGGUGCCAAAUUUUCUUGUGAUCGUUUUCGCCAUGCAUUGUUGAGAGACUUGCGGAAGAUGGAUGUUCAACAGCUGUAUCUUCAUCUAGGCUCAAAUGACAUUCUUACGAAUGAAGCGGUGUUUUACCGAGAUGUAGCUGACUUGUGCGAUUUGGUGCAUCAGGAGGCGCACAAUCGGUGUCCAGAAUGCAGGGUUGUUUGCUCCAACGAAGACGCUUUGCUGAGCCACUUCUGCAGUCGCCACAUCAAGCAACCAGAGACUGGAAAAGAGAGUAAAAUUAAGCUGAUAGGCUCACCAAUGAUUGCAUCUGCUUAUCAUGAACUCAACGAAGUCAGCUCAAGGAAGUGGAAGGCAUGCUUGGAAAAUAGAAGUUUCCAUUAUGAAGGAACAUACAAACAUUUCCCACCCACCAUGUGGAUCAAGAUGUUUGGGCUGAUGAUUCUGGGUCGUAUGUGUGGACAAGGUGGUCUUCAUUACAUCAUGAUGCAGCUGUGUAUUCAACAACAUGUUAACCUGUCCCAGCGGAUGUUGAUGCUCUUAAAUCUCUUAAAUGAUGUUGAGAAAAAUCCAGGACCGGAGUAUUCGUGCAAAUGGAUAUCCUGCAAGGAAGACUUCCACUCCAUAGGACAGCAAGAUGCACAUAUCAUCUCUCAUGUGGUUCAAGAGAAAUGCUGUAGAUGGGGAGACUGUACCAAAGUCCUGAGCUUUAAUAGUCUUGAAAACCAUGAACUUAAACAUCUCUAUGAUAACCAGAACAUAUUUCGGACAUUCGAGGAUUGACUUGCUGUGUUAGAGGAUCAUCAGGUGAUGGAAGAAACCAGGCUUUUUUCGACUCAAUGUUGAUGAAACCUGAUCGACAUGCUCAUCUUGGUUGAGUAAGCCUGGGUUGAGUGUUUCCAAAAAGUAGGUAACCUGGUGAAAUCUUAGGAAAACAUUGUAACCAGAUCCAGGUUUAUUUGACUGACAGACCGAUGGACAGUGGGUCAACCGUAAAUCCCUUCAUGUGAAAACGCUACUAUUCGGACAUGGACUGACGGACAAAUGGGCAACAAUGUCGCAAUUUGUAUACCAAGUUUUAUAAGAAUUGUUUCAUAAAAGUAACCAAUGUGUCUGUUCUAUGUCAAGGUAACUACUAGGAUGAAAUACACAAACAGAUUUUGGUUCACAAUAGGGUAGGCUCCGCGUGCCGUGAACCGGGCAACAGCUUUUGUCAUUUAACAUUUGUGUUAUAAUGGCAUAAGCUGGCAGAUACCCUUUAACUUUAACGAUGUUUUCCGAUAAUUUCUCGGAAAAUACAAUCUAGCAAUUUUUAUUUAAUUUAGAUUACUAAAAAAUAAUAUUAUAUUUAUGCCCCCCUUGGAAGAAGAGGGGUAUAUUGUUUUGCACAUGUCAGUUGGUUGGUCCACCUGAUGGUUUCCUGAUGAUA